AACGAGCUAGAAUUGUUAUACUUGAUUAUACAAAACACAGAUAGUAUAUAUAAUUCCACAAAUAAUACGACUUUCAUUUGAAAAUGUAAAAACUUCGCUGCACAUUAUACCCGUUUGCAUCACUAGAACUUCUCCUACUACCCACGUUUGUCGGACUGACUUGGUUCGGUCUGGAGUUUUCGGCCUCAGGAGUCGCGCGGCAGCAGCAUCACACAGCCGAAUGAAGAUGGCGGAUUUGUGGACGAUGCUGUCAGGAAGACUUUGAAUUACCAGCGCUUUCCAAACUUGCCCGGUGUCCACAGAUAUUCACAUUAGGAUAAGUGGACCUCAGGAAGCCUCGGAAGUGAUGCCGAUGUUACAAUGGAGAUUCUUCAGCUUCUAAAGCAGCCUUUCAUCUGCAUCACUCAAACUGACCUGUGUGCCAAAUUCUGAAGGGUUUAGUUUUGGGGUUCUGCACUAAUCUGCAUUUUCUCUUUCCUAUGAUGGAUUGGCUGGGUUUCUGCAGGGGGCACUAUUCACCAUCCUGGUCGUGUCGUGGUCAUCCGCAAAGCGGCCUUUGCUGAGAGCUGCAGAAGCGUCAGGAGCUCUUCUCUGUUACCAGGAAAAAAAGAAGAGCUGCAUCGCAUCGAAUCGUACCUGUUUGGGGCAGCAAAGAGGCAUGAGAGAGAGCAGAGAGCGAGAUACGUUGGGGAGCAGUAGAGGCAGCGUACUAUCAUAUUAGACAAGACCGAGAAACCCAUUUGUCUUAUGCCACGCUGUGGAGAAAGCUGAGACACUGUGUCUGCUAAAGAGCGUACACGUGUUGGUUUCCAGGAACCUGAUCGUAAAGCAAACGCGUUAAGUUGUGGUGGCCAGAGACGGACCUUACAGAAAGGAGGCUAGUCAUGGGCUAUGGGGGCCAUGGUGACUUAGCGUAAAUGGCUCCUCUUUGUUUAAAGUGUUUACCAGUGUGUGCUGCUCAACCCUUUUCUUCCUUUCUCUGUUCCCCCUCUAUUACCUUUUCUUCUGGCUGCAAGGGUCUGCAUACCCAAAUCGCUCCCUGGCUCCUGUUCUCCCUCUGUGGCGAUGGGGCUGUGGAAGCUCCUGCGGGGCAUCAGGCAGCUGGAGCUCCACCGCCUCAUCCUGGUGCUCAUUAUCUUUUGCUUGCUCUCUAUGGCACUCCUGGCUUACUAUGUCAGCAACAGCCCCAAGAUAAAGGAGGCACCUCCAUUGCCCUUCAGUGACUGUGGCGAAGUGGUCGCAGCGGGGGAUGGCGUGCAGCGGGUACCUCUCUUUCUGCCUCCGUUUGUUGCCCGCCAGCGGACUGUCAAAGUAGUAGACAACUCUCGCACAGAACCUGUUGUGCUAGUGUUUAUAGAGAGCAUCUACUCCCAGCUGGGGCAGGAGAUCGUGGCUAUCCUAGAAUCUAGUCGCUUCCGCUACCACACAGAGAUUGCCCCUAGCAAGGGCGACAUGCCCACUUUGAUGGAACGUGAUCGGGGCCGGUACGCACUAGUCAUCUACGAAAAUGUCCUUAAAUACGUCAAUUUGGACGCAUGGAACCGUGAUCUACUCGAUAAGUAUUGCUCAGAGUUCGGUGUGGGUAUUAUCGGCUUCUUUAAGGCCAACGAGAACUCGCUGCUUAGCGCUCAACUUAAGGGCUUUCCUCUUUUCCUGCACUCCAAUUUGGGCCUGCGGGAUUACAGAAUAAAUCCUGCUGCACCACUGCUCUAUGUCACCAAGCCCAACGAAGUGGAGCAGGGUCCACUGCCAGGUGACGACUGGACUGUUUUCCAAUCCAACCACAGUACCUAUGAACCUGUACUACUGGCCAGCACCAAGUCAUCAGAGGCCCUGGCUCACCUCGGCCCCCAGCGAGUCCUGCACGCCACCGUGGUGCAGGAUCUCGGCCUUCACGACGGAAUCCAGAGAGUUUUGUUUGGCAACAACCUCUCGUUCUGGCUGCACAAACUGAUUUUUAUAGAUGCUAUCGCUUAUUUAACCGGAAAAAGACUAUGCUUGUCGCUGGAGAGACACAUACUUGUGGAUGUGGACGACAUCUUUGUGGGAAAGGAAGGAACGCGCAUGAAGGUGUCGGAUGUGAAGGCUCUCCUGAACACACAAACCAAACUACGCACACUAGUCCCAAAGUUUACCUUUAACCUCGGCUUUUCUGGAAAGUUCUACCACGCAGGUACUGAAGAGGAGGAUGAAGGGGAUGACAUGUUACUACAACACAAGGCGGAGUUCUGGUGGUUUCCUCACAUGUGGAGCCACAUGCAGCCGCACCUCUUUCACAAUGUCAGCGUGUUGUCCGAGCAAAUGAGACUCAACAAACUCUUCGCACAGGAGCAUGGAAUCCCCACAGAUAUGGGCUACGCCGUGUCACCACACCAUUCCGGGGUUUAUCCUGUACACAGCCAGCUCUAUGAAGCCUGGAAGAACAUUUGGGGAAUUCAGGUGACAAGCACGGAAGAGUAUCCUCACCUGAGACCUGCCCGCCAUCGCAGGGGCUUCAUACACAACGGUAUACAGGUGUUGCCCAGGCAGACUUGUGGUCUCUUCACACACACUAUCUUUUAUAAUGAGUACCCCGGAGGCUCUCGUGAACUGGACAAAAGCAUCCGUGGAGGAGAGCUCUUCCUCACUGUUCUUCUCAACCCAAUCAGCAUUUUUAUGACUCACCUGUCUAACUAUGGAAAUGACCGCCUGGGCUUGUACACCUUUGAGUCUUUAGUAAAGUUUGUACAGUGCUGGACCAACUUACGACUUCAGACUCUGCCCCCUCUUCAGCUAGCAGAAAAGUACUUCCAAAUCUUUCCAGAGGAGAGGGACCCACUCUGGCAGAAUCCCUGUCAUGAUAAGAGGCAUAAAGACAUCUGGUCUAAAGAGAAGACUUGCGAUAGGUUGCCCAAAUUUCUGGUUAUUGGCCCCCAGAAAACAGGGACCACAGCCUUGCACUCUUUCCUCACCCUUCACCCAGCGAUCACUAGCAGCUUCCCCAGCCCCAUCACUUUUGAGGAGAUCCAGUUUUUCAAUGGUCCCAACUAUCACAAUGGCAUUGACUGGUACAUGGAAUUCUUUCCCUUCCCCUCGAACGCGAGCACAGACUUCAUGUUUGAGAAAAGUGCUAACUACUUUGACACAGAGGUUGUUCCCAAGAGGGCUGCAGCCUUAUUGCCCAGAGCCAGGAUCAUUGCGGUGCUCAUCAACCCAGCCGACAGAGCCUACUCCUGGUACCAGCACCAGCGGGCUCAUCAAGACCCAUCUGCAAUAAACUACACCUUCCAUCAGGUGGUGACAGCAGGACCUUCGUCCUCAAAAGAGAUCUUGGUGCUGCAGAACCGUAGCCUCAAGCCUGGAGAGUACGCCACACACCUGGAGAACUGGCUACUGCACUUUCAGUCCAAACAGCUACACAUAGUGGAUGGAGCGAUGCUGCGCUCUAAUCCUGCCCUGGUGAUGGAAGGCAUCCAGAGGUUUCUUGGAGUCACCCCUAUUUUUAACUACACCCAGGCUCUCAUGUUUGAUGAGGGUAAAGGGUUCUGGUGCCAGAGGACAGAUGGAAGUCGUCCUAAGUCUGGGAAGAGCAAAGGCAGGAAAUAUCCAGAAAUGGCUCCUGAGACACGUGCUUUUCUGACCGACUAUUACCGGGAGCAUAACGUGGAGCUACUCCGGCUGCUGAACCGACUCGGCCUGACACUUCCCUCUUGGCUCAGAGAGGAGUUACAGAGCAGCAGCUGGAGCUGAGAAGAUUCUGCCGUACCCAAACCCACUCAACAGGCAGGAGCCAGGGGACUGAGAGUGUCAUACACUCAGGGGCUGAGUCAAAGCCUGCUACUGCUCACAACACUAUAGGAACAACUACUCUAUAGUGACCGUGAGCUGCAGUGUGUGAUCAUGGCUACAGAGGGAACAUGUGGACUGCCAUAAUCAGCCCAUCCUCUUGACGUGAUGGUAACACAUUGUCUUAUCGGUCCUACCGGACUCGGAAGAAUGAGGAAAAAUUCUGGCAAUCCUUCACUCUGUGGAUGCAGUUUCGUUUUAACUAAAUCCAGACGUUACUCAUCAGGAGUUGGGUUUCUCAAAAGUGUGGGACUAAUAAAUUAUUCACACUCACACUAGCCUUGCUCAUCUCUUCAAUGGAAUGAUUGUAAAACAUUGUACAUUUUAAAGUGUUGUAUAUUUUGGGUAUGAUUGAGUCUGAUGGGAUCUCGACGGAGCGAACGUGAUCUCAGCAAAGGCGUUGUACAGGACAGAGCUAAGUUUAAGCAGGGCGUGCGGAAAGCGCCGGUGUGCAGCUCCUCUCUUCUCCUCACACACGGACUAUGCACAAUGAGGUGUUUAGAACUUAUGCAAGAAGUUGAUGUAAAGUCUAUUGUCCCUUCAUAAUGUUGACUAAAGUGUCCAUCUGAAUUGAAUUAUGAGCUUUCGGGCAAAUCCCCACACACAUUUUAAACACACUUUAAAUAUCUCGAAUCUAAGUGUACACUAUGUGAUCAGGUGCAGUGUUGCUCAUGCAAAUGUCAAGUCUGUCCUGUUCUAUGUAAGGAGCUCUGAGUGGAGAGGAAGAGAGGGGAAGAGAGAGGAGAAGGGCUGCAUAAUGAACCUGUGGUGUGCCCUGCAAACAUGAGUGACUGUCUACUUUUAUUUUUUAUUUUAUAAGAAAAAAACUUUUAAAACACCCAACACUGUAUCAUCUCUAAUAAACUCUUAGAGAGGUUGGUAAAGCA